AAGGGCAGCCCCAGCGGGGCCACUUACCCGGCCGGGAUCGCCCUGCGGCUCCGCGCCGGCGGCCCCGGCGACCGCGGAGCGUCAGUAACAACGUCCCGGAACGGCCGCUCCGCCACAUCCGGGGGCGGGGCGUGGGAAGGCGGGAACUUGCUGGGCUGCGGCGCCUGGCGGGCAUCGCAGCGGACCGGACCGAACCGAACCAGCGUCAGGGCCGGUACAGCGCCUCCUCCCGUGGCUUCCCUACGUGAGCGCUGGAGGGCUCCUCGCCGCAGCCAGGGGCCCUCGCCCGUCACCUCCUGACCGGCACCGCCGCCAGCUUCCGCGCCUCGGCUGCGUGUCCCUGUGACGGGGCCGGCGGGGUUCCCUCCGCCCGCGGGGCGAUGGGAGGCUGCCCCGCACUGCCGACAGCGGAGCAGGGGCUCGAAGGACUGAACCUCCGCGCGUUUGGUGUUGAGCCAAGAUGCCAGACCUGGGGGCUCGGCCCAGUGCGGGCUGCAGUUUGGGGUUCUCGGGCUACUCCGUUACCGCUUAUCUGGUGUCCUUGCUCUGGCAGGCAGUGAGAGCUUAAAAUGUGGUGUACCAGCAUUCAUUCCUUUUCGCGUGUUUGCCUAUUUUACUGGAAAAGAAGUAGCAAAUACUAGUCAGGCCUUGCAAGCAUCUUGCCAUGGUGUAUCUUUUGUGUGUUAAUGUUUUCUUUUCAUUCUUCUUUCAAUAGAUGGCAAGUUGCAGCCAGAAAAGGAUAAUACAAAUAACUGGAUUUAAAAAACAAGAAAAGAAGGCACUGCUCAAAUGCCUGUCCAAGCUGAACUGUGUUUUUGUAGAGAGUAAGGUACUGUUCAUUACAAUACAGCAAAGAGAAUUAGAGCUGUAAAAUGCAAGUAAAAGUGCAAGUCUUAGGAGAAAGGACCAUGCCAUAGGUUAGUUAUGUAAAAAUAGACAAAGAAUUUAAAUAUUUCCAGUGAUACAAAGUGUGUUGUUUUGUUUUGUUAGAAAUACAGAAAUUGUACACAUCUUGUAGCAAAAAAGCUGUGCAAGAGUGAAAAGGUCUUAGCUGCCUGCGCUGCUGGUAAGUAAAAGAUUUGCUGUUUAAUUUCUUAGCAUUACAGCAUAAGUAUGGAAAGGACCCUUAAAAGGGUUUUAGUUACUUGUUUUAAUUUUGUGAAUGAACUGUCUUACAAACCUUCAUUUUUCUUGUUCCAUUAGCCUUGAUUUUUAACAUAGUGUUAUGGUGAAGUAAAGUCCACUUUUUUGUUUUGUUUUUUCCCUAAAUGAUAUUCCUGCUAUUUUCCUUUGUUGGAUCUGCAUCUGUUCCCAAACAGAACAUUUUCUUAUACUUUAGAUAAUAAAGUCAUGCUCACAUUAUUUGGAUGCUUAAAAGAGGGCAGAGGGAGUACGAACCCUGUAGUCACCAUGGAUUUAUGAUGACAAAUUCAUGUGGAACAUGCACUGGUAAAUAUCAUUGCAAGUUCCUGUUCAUGCAGCAAAAGAAAGUUCCAGGCUGUUGCCAUUCUCAGACCAGCUUCUGGUCUUUCCUCUUUAAUUAGGGUUUGGUGCUGAAAUCCCAUUCAUUAGCAACUACAAUGCUUUUAGAAUGAAAAUUCUGUAUUUUAAAAUUUUUUUACAGACUGAUCCCCUGUCAGAAUUCUGUGAUGCUGUUUGAGUAUCUUGUAGUUAUGAGAUAUCACAAAACCAUUUUUAAGCAUGAUAUUUAUUUUCCCUAUAUCAGAUUACUCUAAAGUGUUAAAGCAGUUGUUAGGAUGGAUAAUCUUAAAUUAAGAGAUAAUAGACAAAUGACUGAAGAUACACUUAGGUUUAAAACAUAUGUCAAUUUCUUGAUUUCCAUAAUAUAUGUAUGUAUUUUUCUUUGUACUAAGAUAAAAUUCUGAUUGCAAUCUUACAAAAACGAAAUAGCCCAAAAGUUUCCAAGAGGGGAAAAAAUACUAAAAUGCAUCUAGGUUUCUGGCACAGCACUUUGUUUUAGCAAUUUUAAACCUUUGUUUUAAGUUAAUGUUUUCUUACUUUUUGGCGUUUAAAAUUUGAAGAUGUUUUCUUGAACAGAGUGGAAAUGGUACAGUGUAGUGUCCUCAUGGUGAUGCAAAACUAUCAUACUUUGUUCGAUACAUGCAAAUCUUCCCCAAUACCAUCUAAUACUUCUUAAUCCGGAAGAGGUGUUAAUUUUGCAUAGUCAUUGCUCUUACUCGUGAUGGUAGAGACAGUGUAUUCAUUCCUACUGUAUUGUUUUCCAGGUAGUGAAGAAAGAUCAUGUUUAAACAUAUUUCGAACUCCAUAGAGUUCAGCAGAAAUACUAUCAAGGCUACCACUUAUCAUGUACUUCCUACCUGACAGAAGUUUUGGGACGGAAACUUUUCAUGAAAGUGGUUUUAACAUCCAGGUCAUGCACAGAAUACCUUUUCCAGCUAUAAAUCCACUGGUACCUAUACUAGGUUUUGUAGAAGUGCCAUCUGUGCUCCUGCACUGAGACAUUUUGUCAGUCAACUGUGCAGUUCUGUGAAAUCAAUUAGGUUCACACAAUUCAAGUCAAUUUAUCUUACAGUGUCUUCUGUAGGUAGUAUUUCAAUACAGAAGCAGGUUACUAACCAGUGCUCUUGACCUGAACCUGUAAGAAGAGAGAGAGAGACAGAGAGAAGGUGAAGAUCAUUACAUACUAUAUCAAAAGCAUACAUGUGGAAGAUGAAAGAGAAGAGGCGGAGGAGGUGGAGCCAAGGGAUGAGAGAAAAGGAUGUGAAAAGAAGAAAGGGGAAAGAAAAAAGUCUAAAACUGUGUCCCCCGAAUAUUGAUAUUCACUACACCAGCAGUGCAAGUAAUAUUAAGAAUAUAUAAGAGGAAGAGCUUACAUGUCAAAUGUCUAGUUCUUUAAAAUCAUAGGAAAGUGGGUACUAACUAAGGAGUACAUAAUUAAUAGUGCUGAAAGUGGCAGAUGGCUUGAUGAAACAACGUACGAAUGGGGAUAUGAAAUUGAAAGAGACACCCAUUAUUCACCUCAAAUGCAAUCUGCACCUAAAAGAUGGCGUGAAGAACUGACAAACUCUCGUGCUCCAGGGGCCUUCCACAGAUGGAAAGUUGUCCUCCUUGUUAAGAGAGGUGAUAAACGAAUGGCAUGUAUUAGAAGAAUUCUUAAGGCUGGAAAGGCAACCAUAUGUUCAUCUGAAAAUGCAGAGCACAAUACAACUCAUGUAUUCAUCGGUGGUAAAAUUUCUCCUAUACAAAAUAAAAAGUGUCUCUCUGAAGCUCGACACUACCCUUUGCAAUAUAUAGGACAUUACCUCUUUCAAAACAAAAUACAAAAUCCAAAAGAUACACAGAUGAACAGUUUCCUGGCUGCACAAGAAACAGACCAAGUCAUGUCUAAAAUGCAACUUGCUGAAAUGAAAACUGUUAUUAUAAAACAUAUGUAUUUUACUGCGACUAUUAAGCACAGAUUUACGGAAACAGACCAGCUAAACAAAUGCAAUCCAGAGGUUAAAAGUACUGACUGGUCCAGGGGCACUUGGUCUAUACUUCAAGGAUUAGUGGAAGAGGACUUAGUUCAUGAUGUAGUCACAGAACUUGCUGCUGGCCAAAUGUACCGUGCACCUCCUGUGCAACUUCUUCAUCCUCUUCUAGAAUAUGUCCUAUUGGGAAACACCGAUACAAUAUUUUUUCCCAAACUUUGUCAUGUUUUUUAUCUUGUUCUUCAUUGUGAACCUCCCUGGAAGUCCCCAUCGAUGUUGAAGUAUUAUUUGGAUCUUCUUCAGUGUCCUAUCUGUAAGAAAGGCACAUGGUCCUUGAUAGAGAUGCUUGUAAGGUCUUGCCUUUAUUGUGAAACAGUUUGUCAUACGGUCACGGUUUCAGGGACAGAAGAUGAACUGAGGAUAGUUCAUAAAACAUUAUUGAAAUUUUUCUCUGAUUUAGUAAAAGGCGAAGUAGAGUUCCUGACAAAAAGUUUGGUUGAAGGAACAAAUUCACAGCAUCAACAAGUCUUGCCACAGACAGUUCUUCUGAAGACAUUCUUGCUUGAAAGUGGAACUGCAGUGCUUUUUACCAAACACAUAAAUAUUCUAGCAGAUUGGGUCAUAUUUUCCCGUAGAGAAUUAAAUGGAAAAAAUUAUACUUUCAGAAAUGAAGUUGCUGGUCUAUUAAAUGCAAUUCUUGGAACUGUAGUGGACUAUUGGAUCAUCUCAGGUUUGCUUAUGGACAGGAAUAUGUUUCAUCAAGUGCCUGAUUUGGCGCAUUACCUUGCCAUUUCAUGUGAUGAUUUUUCUGUAUGUCAAUUAAAAAUGUUUAUUUGCGCCAUACCAUCCGACUGGCUUCAACUGUUUGUUGCAGAAGCAAUUUUCAAACAAAUGUGUUUACAGAGGAAUAUUGCUGUUUCUACAGAACCUCUUUCUCUUCAGAAAAUAGUCUGUUCCUAUUCACCCGCUUUGCGAGAGAUAGGGAUGCGUGAGACAGAGAUACACAAAGCAAAGAAAAAGAAAAUAGGGCAACAGCCAUGCCCUGAGUCUCAAAGGACAUUACAGAUGCUAAAUGGCGAUAAGCAGAACCAAGUCAAAGUGCUGCCUGAUCUACCUGACUUAAUCUUUAAUAAGCUUAGAGAAAAACCAGAAGUCCAGACUGCACACACCAAAGAGAGUUAUUUUUUUGUUGAAGAGGCACACAAGAGAAAUAUUAAAGGAGAGACAGCCCUGCAUAAAGCCUGCAGAAAUAACAAAGUGGGGAGACUGAUUCAGCUUCUCUCUUUGCCGGGAACAGACAUUAAUGUCAGAGAUUAUGCUGGCUGGACGCCUUUGCAUGAAGCCUGUAACCAUGGUAGCACAGUGUGUGUCCGUGAAAUUCUGGAGCGUUGUCCAGAGGUAGACCUGCUCAGUCAAGUGGAUGGGGUGACUCCUUUGCAUGAUGCACUGUCAAAUGGACAUGUAGAAAUUGGCAAGCUGCUACUUCAGCAUGGGGGGCCAGUCCUUCUAGAGCAAAGGAACUCCCACGAGAAAUUGCCACUGGAUUAUGUUGAGUCAGUCGCAGUAAAGGAAGAACUUUUGAAUCUUGUUUAUCCAGGAGAGAGCAUUGAAAAUUUCUAUGAAUGCAGAGAACAAGAUUUUUGCAAUCAGAAGAAAGAAUUGUGUUUGAUUUCAUUUACUAAGAUGCUGAUUAAUUUUUGUUCUGUUUAUAAUUUGUCUACACCCCUGACUGUAACUCUGAGAGCGACAGCUUGUUCAAAUGUACUUCCAGUAACGGUUUAUGAUAGCUUUGAGAUGAAAAAUGCAUCUUCUGGAGAUUGGGUGGUAGACAUGUAUUUUAAAGAGCUAGAAACUUUUGAAAAGCUACCACAGUUUCUUCAAGAAAUAUCUGAAAGCAUGUUAUUCUUCCCUGGUGAACAGGCAAAGGCCUUAUUAGCAGUUCUGGAAACUAUGGUAGAAGCAUGUCAGUGCCUAAAUCUUUCUAGCAGUUAAAUUCCAGACAACCACUUUGGCUGAAUCUUGAGUAUUACUACCUUCUACUUGCCUGACAGAUCUGCAUGUGUGUGAUCUUAGGAAUGUGCUGUGUCAUUUACACUCAGUUAAACUGUCUUGGAAGUUUGUUGUUUUGGUUUUUUUUUAAGUGCCUUGUGCCAUAUCCCUUUGGUUUUCAGAGGCAGUGACCCUGAACUUAAACCAAACAGUUGACUGUUUCAUUUCCUGAGAAAGGCUUGUGUCUACACAUUUUGUUAUCCUUUUAUAAAGGUAAUGUUAUAAAUAUGUCAUGAAAUAAAAACAUAUGGAAAAGCAAA